AUGGAAGAGUACCUACAAGUGAUCCCAUCAGAGUUGGAGACUAUAAAACAAGAUUUUGAAAAAAAGAAUUUAGAACUCGAAAGGAAGAUAGAGCGGUUGGAAGAAGAGAAGAUGCAUUUAAGGCUAGACGCUGACGUCCAAAAGUUAGAAGCUGAAAAAUUAAAGAAAGGGAAUAAUAAAGUAGAGGAGGAUCUGGAUAGCUUAAAGACAGACUACAAAAAGCUACGAGUAUCAAUGAGAACCGCGAGACUGGGAAAGACUUCAGAGCAAUGGCGACAGGAGAUCCAGGAAGAAAGAAACAAGGCUGAUGGAUGGGAAAAGAAAUGCCAAGAGACUCAGUCACAAAACAAGGCCUUAGAGAGGAAUCUGUUAGAAAGCCGGAGUGAGACGGAUGAAUUAAAGGCAAGAAUAGUUGAACUUGAAAGGUCUCUCCAUCAUUACCGAAAUCGUAAUACCACGGUGGAGCUAAGAGCGAGCUUGAACAAGAUUGAGAAAACAAAGAAAAGAGUAGAAGAAUUAGAGGCGACAUUACAAGACUAUGAGAUGCGGGUUGAAUUUUUCAAAGCGAAUGAAGAACGUCAGAAAGAGCAGCUCUACUAUUAUCAGAGCAAAGUUAGAGACAGAGAUCACGUUAUGGGAGAAGCCGUGGCCCAGAUUCGGGAGGUAGCCGAUUACUUGCAGACCUUGGCAGUACAAGCUGACACUUUGAGUGUAAAAUACGAGUUUGAAUCAGAUCGGAGAAAAGAGCUUGCUUCGCUAUUUAGAAAAAUUAAAGUUCUGAGCAUUAGGGCAAAACUGUAUAUGUAA